AUGGGUUUCUACGACUUCUGCAAGCCCAGACUGCGAACUGCUUCCAACUGGUCCCGCCGAGUCCACUACGCUGACCGAGACUCCGUCGCCUCCGCCACUGCUAGUUCCAAACAAGUUCACAAGAUCGAGGAGGACAAGUUCAUGAACGAUGCUUUCCGAAGGGCGCCAAGGGUCGAUUGUACAAAUAAGCCACCUAUUCUAUCACUUACGAAGUACUGA